AUGGCACUCCCUUCUUCCAGAGACCACACGGGUACCAUUGCAGAUCUCGAGCUCGACAACCAGCCAUCAAGGACCUCUGAGGCUGAAGCUCCUGAUUCUCAGAAACAGAUCCAAAAUUCCGUUGGAUACAGUGAAUACAUCGCUGGCCUCAAUCUCGAGUUCUCAGGCUCCGAAGCACGGCGCACAAGGUGGAAGAUUGAUCUGGUCAUUAUACCGAUCUUCCUCAUCACCCAGGCCUUGCAACACAUGUGCCGCACAACCCUCAAUUAUGUCAACCUCUUCGGAUACCAGGAAUUUCUUGAACUGCACGGAAGCCAAUUCAGCUAUCUCACGUCGAUGGUUUAUGUGGGAUAUUUUCUAGGGCAGUACCCUUGCGGCUGGCUGAUCGGUCGAUUCCCAGCACAAAAGGUGCUCACCUGCGGCAUCCUGGGCAUGGGCUUGUUGACCAUUCUCAUGACGCAGUGCAGGACAUUCGGGAGCGCUCUGGCCGUACGCUUCCUCGUGGGAAUAUUCACAGCUUCCAUUACCCCGGGUCUGACCCUUAUGACGGGGUUCUGGUACACGCGGCGAGAGAUACUGCUAAGACAGGAGAGGAUCAUCGCUGUGUCGAGGGUUGCGGCAAAUGAAUCAGGGAUCAAGAACAAAUAUCUGGACAAGAAACAGGCCAUGUUAGCUUUCUACGAUCUGAAAGUCCUACUUGUGUCCAUUUCUAUCUUCGCCGGCUCUUUCCCCCACGCAGUCGUCACCUCCUUUUCAACGGUCAUUAUUAGGGACAUGGGCUUCUCCACGACUAUAACAACGGCGCUGAAGUCGGUUGGCGACGCUGUUCAGGUUGUGACGCUGUUCAUUGGAGGCGCAGUGAUCUUAAAGGUUCGCCAUUUAGGCCUCCUAGUUGCAUAUCUCGUCAAGCUAGUUUCCAACUUGCUUCUGCUCGGUAUGACAAUCGUUCCCUCGUCGAUCCUAGAAUUCAAUGAUUUCGCGUCAAACAUUGGCUAA